GAUAUGAAAUGAAAACGAAGAAUAUAUGAAAACUAUUACAGUUCAGUUGAACUUGGAACGUGGAGAAGUGCGGAAUAGGUUCUUUAAGGUAGUCCAAAGGGCAUUUCGGAAUAAUAUUAAUUCGAUGGCAACGACAAUGAUGGACGGACCAUCGAUCACAGAAAAUGCCAAACAAUUCGAGGGAAAACGUGAAACCGUAAAUGCACAGCAAGAAAAAGUUUGCACAAAGAGUAAGAAUGGAUGUAGUAAGCUUCCCGAGCCAUUCAAAGGUUAUGUGGAGACAUUCGUGGCGGGCUUGUACAUAAAUACAUUUAUGUAUUUACCAUUUAUUUUUUGGUUUUUAAAUGGAAUUCUUUUUAUUAAUGGAGGUUAUAUUGGAAAGACUAUAUUUUUACUACGACUAGCUUAUAUUUUUUCGCAACACAAAUCGAAUGCAUCGACAGUUCGUGGCAUUGGAGUACUUUCUAUGCGCACCAGUGUAAUGGCCGAUUAUUUACGAUCCUAUUUCCCAAUAGAAUUGGUUAAAACCGCGGAGUUGCCACCCAAUCGAAACUAUCUUAUUGCAAGUUUUCCCCAUGGCAUAAUUGGAACCGGUGUUACCCUCAACAUGGCUGUCAGCAUUGGAAAAUGGUUGGAACUGUUUCCCGGAAUUCGUCCAAAAACUGCCACAUUGGAUAUGUAUUUUCGUACACCUUUAAUGCGUGAAUUAUUGCGAGCAUGGGGCAUGGUUUCAUGUUCUAAAAAGGCACUACUGUUGCAACUGAAAAAGUCAUGCAAUCCUCAUCAUCCGCACAAUCUAGAUGGUUAUACAUCAAAUGCUGUUGCAUUAUUGGUGGGUGGAGCUCAUGAAGCCAUCGACUGUCAUCCUGGUUCGUAUGUAUUGACCUUGAAGAAACGCAAAGGUUUUGUGAAAAUUGCCAUUCAAUCGGGUUCCCCCAUUGUGCCGAGUUUUUCCUUUGGUGAAGUUGACAUUUUGGAUCAAAAAGACAAUCCUCCCGGUUCCAAGUUGAGAAAUUUCCAAUUAUCUGUUAAAAAUACAUUGGGCAUUGCACCUCUAAUUGUAACGGGUCGUGGUCUGUUGAAAAAUGGCAUAGGAUUGUUGCCACAUCGUAAACGUAUUGUUCAAGUUAUUGGUGCACCCAUCGAUGUUGAACAGAUGGAUAAUCCCGACGCCAAAUAUAUUGAUGAAAUUCAUCAAAAAUUCAUUGAUAAUAUUCAGGAAUUAUUUGAAAAAUAUAAAUAUGAAUAUUUGGAAAAUGCAGAAUCUGCAAAGCUUGUUAUAAACUAGCGAUAGUUUAUUGUGUUAUAAUAUUGUAAAUAAUUUUUGUAUAAAUAAAAUGUUUUAAUUUGUG